ACUAUUCAGUGGAUUCUGAUAGUAAAAAUCCAGAUAUAGAUGAUAAAUUAGCACCAUUUGAAUAUGCUCAUCUUGGGUCAUUAGUGUAUAUAGGAAAUGCAGCAGUAGCUGAUUUUGGAUUUGGAUGGACAUGGAUGGGGGGUUGGAGUGCUGUUUAUUUGUGGAGAAGUAUAUAUUUGAGUGAGCAAGUUAGUUUAAGGACUAGGGCACUUUUGGCUUUUGAUUGGACAAAG